GGAUCUUGGCUGGCAACAGCGGUAUGCACGAUUUUACGGCAGGAUUGUGGUUCUUUCAGUUAUUACUCUAAUUCUUUAUCCUUUUCUUUGGGUUUGGACUGUGGUAGGCACAUUAUGGUUCACCAGUGCAAAUAGCUGUUUGCCAGAGCAAGGGCAAAAGUGGGGUUUUCUUAUUUGGUUGGCUUUCAGCUACUGUGGUCUGCUGUGCCUUGCUUGCAUGUCUGUUGGAAAGUGGCUAAUGCGGAGGCAGGCUCACAUGCAUCGUGCUCAACAUGGGAUUCCUAUUUCUGAAUAUGGGGUUCUUGUUGACAUGAUUCGUGUGCCUGGUUGGGCUUUUGAAGCUGCUGGACAGGAACUGAGAGGAAUGAGCCAAGAAACCACAUAUCACCCAGGACUUUAUUUAACAGCUGCCCAGAGAGAGGCUGUUGAGGCACUUAUUCAGGAACUUCCAAAGUUCAGGCUUAAGGCAGUUCCGACAGAUUGCAGCGAAUGCCCUAUCUGCCUUGAAGAAUUUCGGUUGGGGAGUGAGGUACGGGGACUCCCAUGCGCCCACAACUUCCAUGUGGAAUGUAUUGACCAAUGGUUAAGGCUAAAUGUGAGGUGCCCUAGGUGUAGAUGCUCAGUUUUCCCCAAUUUGGACUUGAGUGCCCUCUCAAACCUUCGUUCUGAAUCGGAAAGACCAUCAGCUAGCGAGGAGUUGAUAGCAGCUACUCGCUUUGUAAGAGCAUCACAGCCUGCUGGUCAGAGCUAUCUGCUCCGAUUGCAAGGACUGCUGCGCCCUGUAGGCGCUGAGGGUUCUGUUGGUGGUGGAAGGGCAGUUGAUCAUGGUGCCAGCGUGGUGGACAGUGGUGUGCCUCCAGUCGUUGUUUCAGAAGGUACAGAAACCAUCACUGAUGAUCCCAAUCUGCUUCAUGUUGUGGUCGAUCAGAGUUCCUCAACUUGAACAUUAGCGUUCUGUAACUCCAUUUUUUUUAUAUCUACAUCCUGAACGCUGGAUGUGUGAUAUUUGUUAGAGUUUCUGUCAUGCUCACCAGCUCCUAGAGCAAGGCAUGUUUUCAUGUGUGAGCGCAGCUCUGGAGGCUGCUGAGGAUCACACUUCACGCUUAUUUCUUCAUGUUUGUAUUUCUACAUGUGGAAGUUGUAUAAGAAAUAAUUUGGCAAUGGAAGAAGAUAUGUUCCUUCUUGAUAGA